AUGGAGCUUAUCCUUCCCACUUGUCAUUUGUCCAAUUCCUUUACCAUUACCCUCCCGUAUCCAUUUCCUCUGUCCAUUCUCAUGGAGAAAACAGCUGAAAUCUCCAAAAGCAAUUCAUUUGGAGCAGAUGAAAUGCGGGGCAACGGGUUGAAAGGUCUCAUCAAGACCCUUCCCAGGAAGAUGGCCUGGAAUGGGUUUCCGUUCUAUCAAUACCAAGGCUGUUGGAUUCCAUCACCAGCCGUUCAAGGUAUCAUCUCCUUUCAUCGAAACUUCCUCGCGAAAGCCACAGAUUUGCUACUGUGCACUCUCCCAAAAUCAGGCACCACAUGGUUGAAGGCCCUCGCUUUCUCCAUUGUAAACCGAGACCACUAUGCUCCGGCACAGACCCCCCUGCCCACUUCCAGCCCUCAUGCGCUUGUGCCUUGCGGUGAGUUUCAUCUUUUCGAAAAUGACCAGAAAUCUAUUAAUCUUAAUGGUCUUGCAAGCCCAAGAAUUUUUGCAACCCAUGCGCCCUAUAAUUAUGAUUUUGUAGUUAUGAUAGAGUACAAAAGGAGGGCUUGA